UUGAGCAUAGCUGCAAAGGGUGCGACUCGAAAAUCUGGUUCCAGACAAAGCAGCGCAAACCGACAUAAACAGUCCGCUGGUAAGACAGGCGGCGUCACUGGCACCAGUAACCUCUCUGGCCCCGUUGGACAGACUGUACCUGCUAAAGGUCCUGAAUCAACGGACUCCAAAGCUUCUGUAGCAGGCGGUCUUGGUGACAUUUGCCCAGCCUCCUCACAUCCUUCGGAGAGGCAGGAUUCUGCCAAACUCGCCGAGACCAUUGAUCCUAAGCUAGUAUUCUCCCUGCAUUUGCCAGACUGUCUGAGAGUUCCGGGCGAAGUAGAACUCCUGACGACUCGAUACUGCGAUCAAGUGGCAGUAGGAUUCUGCCAGAGGCUCAGAGUCGAUCAGAAAACCGUUGCGGAAACCCGCCGUCGGCUUAUGGCCCAGCUGCAUCUUGGCUGUGGGAACUGGCUGGAGCCGAGUCUGGCCGAGCUAGAGGCGAUGUCAUUAACGACGGUGACAAAAGAGUUGAAAAGAGGCAAGCAGAUGAAUAAAAAGUGGGGCAAGCGAGGCCAGGAUGUAGAAGAUACUAUGCACCAGCAACAAAAAUCACAAGGUCCAGCCACGAUGGAGAUGUCAAUUGGCCUGGAGGACAAACAGACAGGGCCGAAUAGAGCGUUUCGCGAUUUGCUGGCCGCAUGGGAGGAAAAUCGACGGAGGGAGUUUUCUGAGAGGAGUCAGGAGAAAGAAGAGCAAAUCGAGUUGGUUCAGCUUCUGCAGACCAAGUUAAAUCACGUCCGAAUUGUAUACACUGCAAAUCUUAUUCGCCUAAGCCUAGCGCCCAAAGUCAAAAACGAUGAAAUUCUUUUCUUAUGCGCUUUUCGACCUCCGAUUGACUAUCACUCGACUGCCUUGUACAACGGUUCAACCGAGCCAGCUUUACAGUCCAGUUUUCCAUGGGGCAUUCGGGAAGACUUUACACAGGAUUCUGUCGCCUUGCAAUCUGGGCAAGCCAACCAAGUGAAUACAUUCACUAUGGUCCUUGCUCCACCUUCACCCCAGUCAGAAAUGUGCAAGUCUUCUGAGGGUUCAUCUAAACGUUUUAUUGAUGCAGAAUCGCUUCGUGAGGGACAAUCAGCUGAAAAGGCAGAGCACGAAAUGAGUCAAGAUAGAGAGGGUGCUAUACAAGAAGGCACUCCACCUCCGAGAAAGAAGUCUUCACGUAGAACAAAUUCUUCAUCAGGUGAACGAACUACAAAAGCGAAGUCUCCAUCUGCGGCAGGAAAAUCUAGCUCUGGCGCAAAGAAGUCCCGAUAG